GGGCUCGGCUAGCUCCACCCCUGGGGUCCUUUACCCAUCCGGUUUUGACCAAUAGGAAGGCCCUCCUUUUAAUUAUUUCCAAAAAACACAUUCUCAGUUUUGGAAUAGCCAUCCGAAAGCCCCCUUUAAGAUCACCUUGGUUGGAUCAUCUUGUUUUGGUAAUUAAUCCUUUCUACACUUGGCUCCUUCCUGUCACCUCGAAUCAGAGAAUCCCAAUAGACCCCCAGGCAGCGCCUGAGUACGCCCACUCCAUCCGAUUGGAUGGGGACAUCAUCCUCGGCGGAUUAUUUCCUGUGCACUCUCGGGGGGACCGUGGCACACCCUGCGGGGAGCUGAAAAAGGAAAAAGGCAUUCAUCGUUUGGAGGCCAUGAUGUUUGCCAUAGACCUGAUCAACAAGGACCCCGAGUUGCUGCCCAACAUCACGCUGGGGGCCCGGAUCUUGGACACCUGCUCCAGGGACACGUACGCUCUGGAGCAGUCCCUGACUUUUGUGCAGGCCUUGAUAGAGAGGGACGGCUCCGACGUCCGCUGCGCUAACGGAGACCCUCCAAUCUUCACCAAGCCGGAUAAAAUCAUAGGGGUGAUAGGAGCCGCGGCGAGCUCGGUGUCCAUCAUGGUGGCCAACAUCUUGCGCCUGUUUAAGAUCCCCCAGGUCAGCUACGCCUCCACGGCACCCGAAUUGAGCGACAACACUCGCUACGACUUCUUCUCCCGCGUAGUACCGCCAGACUCCUACCAGGCCCAGGCCAUGAUGGACAUUGUCACGGCGAUGGAGUGGAACUACGUGUCCACGCUAGCCUCAGAGGGCAACUACGGAGAGAGCGGCGUGGAGGCCUUUGUCCAGAUCUCCAGAGAAACCGGUGGUGUGUGUAUCGCCCAGUCCUUGAAGAUCCCCAGGGAACCCAGGCCAGGGGAGUUUGACAAGAUCAUCAGACGCCUGCUGGAGACCUCCAAUGCCAGGGCCGUCAUCAUGUUCGCUAAUGAGGACGACAUACGACGAGUUUUGGAUGCAGCUAAAAGGAACAACCAGACGGGUCACUUCCUGUGGGUGGGUUCGGACAGCUGGGGGUCCAAAAUCUCCCCUGUGAUUGGCCAGGAGAAAGUGGCUGAGGGAGCUAUCACGAUUCUUCCCAAACGAGCAUCUGUGGAUGCGUUUGACCGGUAUUUCCGUAGCCGCUCGCUGUCCAACAACAGAAGAAAUGUUUGGUUCGCUGAAUUCUGGGAGGAAAACUUCAACUGUAAACUGGGAAUGCAUGGUAAACGGCCUGGCAGCCUGAAGAAAUGCACAGGUUUAGAAAAAGUGGGUCGUGAUUCCAGUUACGAACAGGAGGGGAAGGUUCAGUUUGUGAUGGAUGCGGUGUACGCCAUGGCCCAUGCUCUGCACCGCAUGCACCGGGAGCUCUGCUUCGGAUACCCAGGCCUCUGCCCGCGCAUGGCCAGCAUCGACGGCAAAGAGCUACUCAGCUACAUUCGUGCCGUCAACUUCAACGGAAGUGCCGGUACACCAGUGGUUUUCAAUGAGAAUGGAGACGCUCCAGGAAGAUACGAUAUCUUCCAGUACCAGAGAACCAACAGGUCUACUGCAGAGUACAAAGUCAUUGGCUCCUGGACCAAUAAGCUACACCUCAAACUCGAGGCCAUGCGUUGGAAGACAGGUGACCCAUCUCUCCCACCCUCUGUAUGCAGCAUCCCAUGCCGUGCGGGCGAAAGGAAGAAAGUGGUCAAAGGUGUGCCGUGUUGCUGGCACUGUGAGCGCUGUGAAGGAUACCACUAUCAGGCAUCAGAGUUCACUUGUGAGCUGUGUCCUUAUGAGAUGCGACCUGAUGUCAACCGCACUGGCUGUGUUCCCAUCCCGAUCAUCAAGCUGGAGUGGCACUCCCCCUGGGCCAUCGUCCCUGUCUUCAUCUCCAUGCUGGGGAUCAUCGCCACCUCUUUCGUCAUCGUCACUUUUGUCCGGCACAAUGACACGCCCAUCGUGCGAGCGUCGGGACGGGAGAUGAGCUACGUGCUGCUAACGGGGAUCUUCCUCUGCUACGCCAUCACGUUCCUGAUGAUUGCGACGCCCGAUGUGGGAGUGUGUUCAUUCAGGAGGAUUUUCUUGGGCUUGGGGAUGUGUUUUAGCUAUGCCGCGCUGCUCACCAAGACCAACAGGAUACACCGCAUCUUUGAACAAGGGAAGAAGUCUGUAACAGCACCCAGGUUCAUCUCUCCCGCCUCCCAGCUCGUCAUCACUUUCUCACUCAUCUCAGUUCAGCUGCUGGGCGUCUUCGUCUGGUUCGCGGUGGACCCGCCACACACGGUUGUGGACUACGGCGAGCAGCGGACCCAGGACCCCAUGUCAGCGCGCGGCGUCCUCAAGUGUGACAUCUCGGACCUGUCCCUCAUCUGCUCCCUGGGUUACUCCAUCCUGCUGAUGGUGACGUGCACAGUUUACGCCAUUAAGACGCGAGGCGUGCCCGAAACCUUCAACGAGGCCAAGCCCAUCGGAUUUACCAUGUACACCACCUGCAUCAUCUGGCUGGCGUUCAUACCCAUCUUCUUUGGAACAUCACAGUCUGCAGAGAGGAUGUAUAUCCAAACUACCACCCUGACCAUCUCUCUCAGCCUGUCUGCCUCCGUGUCUCUGGGGAUGCUCUACAUGCCCAAGGUCUACAUCAUCCUCUUCCACCCCGAGCAGAACGUACCCAAACGGAAACGCAGCUUCAAGGCGAUUGUGACAGCUGCUGCCAUGUCGGGGAAACUGAGCCAGAAGGGAGACCGCCCCAAUGGAGAGGUGAAGACCGAGCUAUGUGAGAGCAUGGAGACCAACAGUGAAUUCCCUGGAACUAGCAGAAAGGCCUGGUGGAGAAUGUGUCUUUUCAACAUGUGCAGAAACACACCCUUCUUCAGCCACAUAAAGAUGGAGAGGUCCAUACCAAAUGCUGCUAACCAUGAGAACCGCCCUGAGGGUGGACGGAAAGCCAGAAUGGAUCUAUGCCACAAGGUGUUGGAGAGAUCUACACAAGGGAAACAAGGACACGAAAGACGCCGAAAAGCAGUUGUGGCCAGGCGAUUCUCCUGUGCAGCCAUGUUUCUCCUUCUUGGCACAGGCUAAAAUACUUAAAAAUUAGAAGAUCACCUGAGCACGAGGCCUCAGUUGAUUGCAAUACAGACAAGUAUUCUGAUCUUUUACAAACUAUCGGAGUGCUUUGACUAUAGCACCUCUGAAGGACAAAACAAACCUUACUUAAGAAGACAAAUUUGUUACUGGACAUCAGAAGAUUGCAACGUAAAAAACAAAAAUUUUAUGAAACUGCUAGUCUGGUUAUGCAAAUGAUGGUAGACUAUGCCAGUAACAGAAGUACUAAUAAAUGUUGGGUAUGUCAACAAUUGCCAACUUAAACUUACUCACCAAUGCUGACUCCAGUUCCAUUCACCUUAGCAGAUUGGGACAUGUUUCACUGGUGUGAUUUGGGUUGAACAAAACUAACCAAGGUUGUCAUUUUUCAGGUAAUCAUUUACCUCAUUUACAAGAUUCACAAAGGGAAGCAAAUAAUUUUAUUAGAAAAAAGGCAUAGUAUAGUAUGUCGAAAAAAGUUACAAAAUGUCAUAGUAUAGUAUGUCAGAAAAAAGCAAUAAGUCAAAGUAUAGUAUGUCAAAAUCAUAACAAAGUCAUACUAUAUACAGUGUAAAAACGUGAUAGUAUAGCAUGUCGAAAAACGCCAUAAAAAGUCAUACUAUAGCAUGUCGAAAAAACCUAAAAAAGUCAUACUACAGCAUGUUGAAAAAGUAAAAAUAUUCAGUAUUCUGGAUAAUCAGGGCACAGAAAACACAGAGAUAGUCGCUUUUUGCUCACAGGUUUC